AUGAAAAAUUCAACAGACAAGAAGAGAAAUGUUUUUGGUUUAAUUGGUCGGUAUGAUCCCUUCAUAUAUUGGAGAAUGUGCUUAGAUUCAUAUAGGCUGAAUGCCUACGAAGAAGCUAUAAGGCAGCAUGGACAACUGCAGCAAAAAGCUAUCUGGCUAGAUAUUGGAACUGGUGCCCAUAUGCCAUUGACUCGUUUGUUAAUAAAAUAUGGAGUCGCUGAACGUGUUUAUGCAGUUGAAGCAAAUCGUGAAGCAUAUCAGUUUGCGAAAACUCUUCGAGAACAUUUACCUAAUGAAGAAAAAAGGAAGAUUACAUUGUCUGGCUGCUACUCAAAAAAUGUUGAUUGGCAUGCGCAAGAUCCUCGACCAAAUGCAAUAAUUCACGAAAUAGUUGGCUGUAUAUCUUCAGACGAAGGAUGCAUUAAAGUAAUGCACGAUACAAUUAGUAAUCUCAAUGGAGAUGUAUCUUUAUGUAUACCCUACAAAAUUGGAACAUUGUGCAUGCCAGUAUCACGUCCAAACAUAUCCCUAGUUUCAUCAUUUUGCUCACUUCUAUUGUCCACAUCUAUGAGAAUAGUUAAAAAAGCCGGCAUACAAGGAAUGUUUAACCCACCUAAAGACGCUUUUCUUUGUGAAACGUCGCAGUUUAUUGAAAACUUCAUCUUACAAGAUUAUGUCAGGAAACCAUUAGACAAAUGUAGAAGAUUCAAAACAAAAUUUAUUGUGGAAAAAAGUACUGCAAAAUGGACCGGCUUUUAUUUAGCGCCACAUAUUUUAACUUCCAUAGACAAUAGAAAUGGAGCCGCUGAAAUAGAUGGGUUGAAACGAAUGACUUGUUGGCCAGUCCGUUACGUUCAAAUGUACGAUCAUCGAAAAGCAAUAAAUGUAAACCAGGGUGAUGAAAUACAUAUUGUAUUCGAAUCGGAUCUAACUGACGAAUGUCCGACAUACAGAUUAGAAGCAUGGGCGAAUAACGACUAUUUACUACGCUCAUCUUUUGCUUGGAAAGGACCUGCAAUUCAUUAG